AUGAAUAGAAUAAAAUCUUUUGAAUUUGUGAUUCUCAAUCCAAGCAUUCAACAUUCAUGGAUGAAAAAGCAUAGUAAAAAGCAUAGUAGUUAUUAUGCACACAAUUUUAAAGCAGCACACAUCAUUAAUCAAGAAGAAAAGAGAGCUCGAGAUGUAGUGUGGAGUGGGCAGUUGAAUGGUGUUAUCCUUUUACCUCAACCAUUUUCGGGGCCUAAGAGGGACUCCCAACCCUCCUCACAAGCUUGUGCUGGAAUUUUAAUUGGCUGUAAUCUAAUGCUACGUCUUCCUGUUCAAACUCUCUUCGAGACUAUUUAUUUACAAUUUGAAGUCUUAGCACUUUCUCCCUUGUUUAGUUGA